AUGCUGCCUCCUCUGACGGUCGAGCAGAUAGCUCGCCAGGCUGGUCAAUAUGAGUAUGACCCGCAGGUGCCUCUUCGGUACUGGCUCCGGUCCGCCAGCCUGCUAGUCAAAGAGGCACGCAUCUACGAACAGGAAGGGAAUGACCAGCAAGCAUACCUCCUACUCUUCAGACACGCCCAGCUGGUCCUCAUCAACCUGACCGCCCACCCGGAUGCGAGCGACCCAAAGAACAAACAUGGGCUGGCAGCUGCAAAGAAAGAGGUGCAGGCCUCCCUGAACAAGCUAGAGGUGCUGAAACCUCGUCUGCGUAAGCUGUAUGAUCGAUAUCUGGAACUGCAGCUUCGUCGAGACUCGACGGGGCCGUUGACGGAGAUCGGUACAUUCCCUGAUAUAGAUGCUACCAUUCAAAGUGCUACGACUGUGCAAGAUCCCGCGCUUGCAGGACGGCCAGAACCGUUGCAGGCGGCGGAUAAUAGGGAUUUCGCUGUACGGCUUGCUCAGAGCGAGUUUAGGCGGAGAGCGUUUGCGCGUGGAUCGGGCGGGACGUCGUAUGCUAGCUCAGAGGCGAGUGGUGUUAGCAGUAGGCCCGACGGGGACGUGUUGGCCAGGAGGUUGCAGGACGUGAGAUCGAUGUUGGGCGGUGGUCAGACAGGGCAGUCUACAUCUACAUUGACGACGUCGACAUCGGUAUCGAGUUCGAAACCGAAACAGGCCGGCAAAACAACUAGAUCGCCUACUCUCAUGCCCAUUGAACAGCAUUUAUCAGGAUACAGAUACCCAUCUAUACCAAGGCAGAGCCAAUAUACCCACCCACCUCCCAGAGAAGAAGAAGCACCUCCGCCACCACCGGUUCCAGGCAAAGCGCCAAACAUACCUGCUAAAAUCGCCGAUCCUCGCCGCCACAGUCCCAGUCCCAGCCUUACCCUCAGCAGAGACGUAACAGCAACGAGCUCCUUUUUCCUCCCACCGUUACCAAGCAAAGUCCCUCCUCUCCCUCCCAGACCAGGCUCAGCAACUCCCUCCCCAAUACCAACACCGACACGCACACGCACACACACAAUCACAUCCCCACCCACACCCACACACACACACACAACCACAACCACAGUAAACAACGAAGACCUCCACCCAUCAACAUUCACCUUCAAACCCUCCUCAUACCUCGAAAACGGCACCCCGCUCCGAACAAUCUUCAUCUCCCCCGACCUCCGCAGCCAAUUCCUCGCCAUCGCCUCCCCCAAUACCCGCACCAACCUAGAAACAUGCGGCAUCUUAGCCGGAACCCUUAUAUCAAACGCCUUCUUCAUAUCAAAACUCAUCAUCCCCGAACAAGAAUCUACCCCCGAUACAUGCGAAAUGGUCAAUGAAGCUGCCAUCUUCGAAUACUGCGAAUCAGAAGACCUGAUGGUUCUAGGCUGGAUACAUACCCAUCCUAGCCAGACGUGUUUCAUGAGCUCGAGAGAUUUACAUACUCAGUCGGGAUAUCAGGUGAUGUUAUCGGAGAGUAUUGCGAUAGUAUGUGCGCCUAGCCAUGAGCCGAGUUGGGGGGUUUUUAGACUUACGGAUCCGCCUGGCUUGAAGUCUGUGUUGAACUGUACUAAGCCUGGCUUGUUCCAUCCGCAUGAUGAGAGUAAUAUAUAUACCGAUGCGUUGCGGCCGGGGCAUGUAUUUGAGGCUAAAGGGUUGGAGUUUGAGACUGUUGAUUUACGACCGGGGCGGAAAGCGAUUUGA